GGAAAGAAUUCCAUGGAGGAGCCAGGAAACAGAAAGUAGGCAGAAGGAAAGCGGUUAUCCAGUCACCAUCAGCCUGUAGCCCAUAAUUAGAGUCCAUGAGGGUGGACGCCAUGGCAACCAGCUGUGACCCCGCGACCUGAGCAAGCUACUGGGCUCAUGUUAUCAGCAAACCACGGAUACACUACUCCAUGUGCUACUACUUAUGCUGCGAUGGGAGAGAUGAGUAACAACAGGGAAGCCCACCACUAUGGCCAAAGGAUCAUUUUUACAGGCCCUGAUGGAAUUGGCGACUACAGGCAGCGGUUGUGCGACUUCCCCCGGUACAUAGGAGAAGGCGGCGGGUCGUCGGAGUCCACGGGUGACCUGGGAUACCUGUGGAGGGCAGCCCCCCACACCCCUCCACACAGGUCUCGGGACAGCUAUGUGGGCGGGGUCGGCUGGGGCUGGUACUACAACCAGAGGCUAAACCAGGAGGCUCUACUCAGCAACAUGCAAAUCAAGAAAACAGACAUCCGCGCUGCAGUGGAAGACACAGUGGCUCAGCGCUUCCAACCACCUCCACGGAAGAAGACAGCAUCUGACUCACCACUUCAAGCACACAAAAAGUUUUCCUCAGAGAAUGGGCGUUGAUGACAGAUGGGAUGCUGUAACUUUGAUUAAACUUUGUUCCUUGUUUUUUUUUUCUCGCAACUAUUCAAUUUUAGAAAUGGCUUAGAGCAACGGAUGUAUCAACGCUGCCAAUUUGCUCUCUGCUUUUCUGAAGUUAAUUUUCAUUUUGGUGAGAGGAUAAUAGUCAAAAUAUCUUUUCCGAUUAGACGCAAUGGUCUAAAAUCCAGACACU